AUGAUAGCGAGUAACGGACCAAAAUCUCUGUUCCCCCGGUUCGUGGAGCCGGUGCCUAAUGUAACAGUAACUGUGGGCCGUGACGCGCUUCUCGCCUGCGUCGUCGAAGAUUUGCGAGGAUACAAGGUGGCAUGGGUGCGUGUCGAUACGCAAACAAUUCUGAGCAUCCAUCACAACAUAAUAACUCAGAAUGCUCGUAUCAGCCUUUCGUACAACGACCACCGCUCUUGGUACCUUCAUAUUAAGAACGUGCAGGAAGUUGAUCGUGGGUGGUACAUGUGUCAAGUCAAUACAGAUCCGAUGCGCUCUAGGAAAGGAUAUCUCCAAGUUGUAGUGCCCCCGAUGAUAAUAGACAACAUGACAUCUACGGACAUGGUCGUAAGAGAAGGUACAAACGUGACCAUGGUUUGCAGAGCCACUGGGUACCCUGAACCUUACGUCAUGUGGCGUCGCGAAGACGGUCAAGAGUUCAACUGCAAUGGAGAAUCUGUAAACGUCGUUGAUGGGGAAAAUCUGACCAUCUCCAAGGUAUCAAGACUUCACAUGGGCGCUUACUUGUGCAUAGCUUCGAACGGCGUGCCUCCAUCGAUCAGCAAGCGAGUCGUGCUUAUGGUCCAAUUUCCGCCGAUGCUGUCCAUUCCAAAUCAAUUGGAGGCUGCGUAUAUUGGUCAAGACGUGACGCUGGAAUGCCACACCGAAGCUUAUCCCUCUUCUAUCAACUAUUGGACCACUGAUCGAGGAGACAUGAUCAUUUCAGGAAAUAAAUACAUCACAACACUGAGUGACGACAGCUACAGCCGCAAGAUGAAAUUGACUAUAAGAAGAGUGUCAUCGAGAGAUUUCUCCUCGUAUCGGUGCGUCGCUAAGAAUUCCCUCGGAGAGACAGAUGGCCUCAUUCGACUUGACGAGAUACCAGCGCCCUCCACAACUAGCACAACAGUUAAUUAUGUGCCAACGUUUCCUUCUAAGAAAAAAGGUAAACAUAAAAAUCGAUGGCGGGACAGCUCCGCUGAAAACAGAGUCAUAGGAGACUACGAGGUGGAGGAAUGGAAGGAUGUUGAUUAUGAGUCAACCCAAUCGUCCGGGUCGUCAAUGGCUCGCAGCGUCUUGCUCGGCGUCGUAGCGAGUCUGCUGAUAAUCAGCUGACACACACUCCUCCAUUUUGAAAUAUCAUAGUGCCAAUACGGAACGUUAGUGCUAAUACAGAUCCGAUAAUAUAAAUAGCAGUGAUAAUAAUAGCUAGAAGCGGUGUCGAUUGUUUAAUGAUAUCAAUACUUCGAACUUGUUGUGUAGACGUGGAACGAUUUCUUCAAUAUGCCCUACGUCUCAGUUAGUGCAUUUAGAAUAUUCGAUAUUAUGUUUUAUUUGUUAUAGCACAAAUCUGAAAUUAUUUGAUCAAUUGUGUAUUCGUUGCGGAAGUAUAUUUUUAUGAGAGUACUAUGUAAGUGUAAAUAAAUUAUUGAUAUUAAUGGAAGACUGAUAGGUUUGUACGAUAAAUGUGCCAUAUCUAAACGCAUAUAGUAUAGCAUAGGGUGUAUGCAAUGUAAUGAGAUUAUGCAGUAAAGGCUAUGCAAUGUACAAUGUACGUUUCCACUGCUGCAGGCCAACUGCCGCGUUGUGCUUAGUUUACACGAGCUUUGUGCUUGUCAUUGGUUGUUAUUGUUUUAACAAAAGCUUAGUCUUUAGUGAAAAAUAAUCGGUUAAAAUUUUGUUGUUCUUCAGUAUACCUAGGUACCCAGGAAUGUAAUGUAUCAUAUUACUGCUGUAACUAUACAAUUAAGCAACUAUAAUAACUAUAGAAUUGUAAUAAAACACGUCAUUUCAAUUUAUAACAUAUUAUUUAUUACUAAUUUUUAAUAAGUCGUUGUCUUAUUUGAAAUGUCCGUGUGACAAAACGUUCAUUAAAUAUGAAUACAAAGAUAACAUAUUGUGUUAUUAUAUAUAAUAACAUUACGUUAUUUUAGCUGAAAAUAUGCUAAUAUGCGAAUUAAAAACGCGCGAAUUGCAUUGUGGAAAGAUAUGAACUAUGUUACAUUGGUAUUUAACGGAAGAUUUAGAAACCAUCGCAUGCGCAGGAAAAUUUUGUAUGACAAUCGUCCUAACGUCCGCUCCAUAUAAUCUUAGAACUCUUUGUUUUGAACAAUAUCUCAAAAGUGCAAAUAAGACUGACAAGAAGCUGGUGUAAACUAGGCACAAUACGUACCGCCGCGUGUCGUGUGCCGGCAUUAAGAUGGUAUCGCGACGCCCGCAACACUCGUUACACAAUUACUCACCAGUUAAAUAUACAUCAGUUAACCAAAUGAAAUUUGUGCAGUGUAAUUUGUUCCGUACACGUUUAUAUUUAAGGUUUAUUAUUUUAUUCAUUAAGCACAUACGUAUAUUGGAUUGUCGGUUUCCAUCUUUGCUUUA